UUUCAGCAGGAGAUGUGGGACAUGUGGAUUUGGGAUGUGAAUUCAUUUGAAAAGCCACUUUGGGGUUAUGAAAGUGAUUUCUGAUGAAACUGGAUUGGAAUAAUUUUCGUGAUCUUUGUAUAUUUAUAUAUAUAUAUUUUAAAAUUUUGCAUUUGACUUAAAGUGCCAUGAGAAAAUUUGCAUACUGCAAGGUGGUCCUAGCCACCUCCUUGAUUUGGGUACUCUUGGAUAUGUUCCUGCUGCUUUACUUCAGUGAAUGCAACAAAUGUGAUGAAAAAAAAGAGAGAGGACUUCCUGCUGGGGAUGUUCUAGAGCCAGUACAAAAGCCUCAUGAAGGUCCUGGAGAAAUGGGGAAACCGGUCGUCAUUCCUAAAGAGGAUCAAGAAAAGAUGAAAGAGAUGUUUAAAAUCAAUCAGUUCAAUUUAAUGGCAAGUGAGAUGAUUGCACUCAACAGAUCUCUACCAGAUGUUAGGUUAGAAGGGUGUAAAACAAAGGUGUAUCCAGAUAACCUUCCUACAACCAGUGUGGUGAUUGUUUUCCACAAUGAGGCUUGGAGCACACUUCUGCGAACUGUCCAUAGCGUCAUUAAUCGCUCACCAAGGCACAUGCUAGAAGAAAUUGUUCUAGUAGAUGAUGCCAGUGAAAGAGACUUUUUAAAAAGACCUCUAGAGAGUUACGUGAAAAAAUUAAAAGUACCCGUUCACGUCAUUCGAAUGGAGCAGCGUUCUGGAUUGAUCAGAGCUAGGUUAAAAGGCGCUGCUGUGUCUAAAGGCCAAGUGAUCACCUUUUUAGACGCGCACUGUGAGUGCACAGUGGGGUGGCUGGAGCCUCUCUUAGCCAGGAUCAAACACGACAGGAAGACGGUGGUCUGUCCCAUCAUAGAUGUGAUCAGUGAUGACACUUUCGAGUACAUGGCAGGUUCUGACAUGACCUAUGGCGGGUUCAACUGGAAGCUCAACUUUCGCUGGUAUCCUGUUCCCCAAAGAGAAAUGGACAGAAGGAAAGGUGAUCGGACUCUUCCUGUGAGAACACCUACAAUGGCAGGAGGCCUUUUUUCAAUAGACAGAGAUUACUUUCAGGAAAUUGGAACAUAUGAUGCUGGAAUGGAUAUUUGGGGAGGAGAAAACCUAGAAAUUUCCUUUAGGAUUUGGCAGUGUGGAGGAACUUUGGAGAUUGUUACUUGCUCACAUGUUGGACAUGUGUUUCGAAAAGCUACACCCUACACGUUUCCAGGAGGCACGGGGCAGAUUAUCAAUAAAAAUAACAGACGACUUGCAGAAGUAUGGAUGGAUGAAUUCAAGAAUUUCUUCUAUAUAAUUUCUCCAGGUGUUACAAAGGUAGAUUAUGGAGAUAUAUCAUCAAGACUUGGUCUAAGGCACAAACUCCAAUGCAGACCAUUCUCUUGGUACCUAGAGAAUAUUUAUCCUGAUUCUCAGAUUCCACGUCACUAUUUCUCUUUGGGAGAGAUACGAAAUGUGGAAACAAAUCAGUGUCUAGAUAACAUGGCUAGAAAAGAGAAUGAAAAAGUUGGAAUUUUUAACUGUCACGGUAUGGGAGGUAAUCAGGUUUUCUCUUACACUGCCAACAAAGAAAUUAGAACAGAUGACCUUUGCUUGGAUGUCUCCAAACUUAAUGGCCCAGUCACAAUGCUCAAAUGCCACCACCUAAAAGGCAACCAGCUUUGGGAGUAUGACCCGGUGAAAUUGACCCUGCAGCAUGUGAACAGUAACCAGUGCCUGGACAAAGCCACAGAUGAGGACAGCCAGGUGCCCAGCAUCAGAGACUGCAACGGAAGCCGAUCCCAGCAGUGGCUUCUUCGGAACGUCACCCUUCCAGAAAUAUUCUGAGACCAAAUUUACAAAAAAAGGAAAAUGUAAGGACUGACUGGGCUACCUCAGCAUACAUUUCUGCCAUCAUUCUUAAGUAGCAAAAAAAGGAAAAGUGCUUUCCUUCUGCAGGAUGUAAGGUUUAUCAGCCAUUAAAACUUUAUAGACUGUCCUCGCUUCCACUAGCUGUGAACCAGCCUUCCUGUCCCAGGACGUGCAACUACGUAGUAGCGAGACUGUGCACACUGAUGUUUACAAGAUUGAAAGAGUCGGUCAUCAAGAAUCAUCGUAAAGAAUCCUCAGACUGAAACAGUCUGCGAACUGUGCUUUCCAGACAGCGGCGCCUAUUUAUGGUCUGCGCGCAGCCGAGAGUCCCGCUGGCUGUGCUGUCAUCGUGGAGAGACGUCGAAGUUUUUUCUGAUUAGAACUGGUAGCCAGUAUAUUAAAUACUGAUAUAAAAAUAAAUGAACUGGAACCAGAUUCAGAAUCAUGAAAACAUUUUUACAACAAUUUAAAAAACAAACUAUAUUAAACAGGGUUUAAAGGAAAUUAAAACAGAACUAUGAAAAGUACAAUUUGUUAUAGUAUAGUAUCAAAUUUCUAUAUAGAUUUUAUACCUCAGUGGGGAAAAAUAACUGAUUCCAAUGACAUUCAUUCUGUUUUCAUCUGUGAUAGUCGUGGAUGUUUUUUUUUUCCUUGGGGUGCUGAAAUUGAGCUGAAAAAAGUGGCUCUUUGAACGUAGUUUUAAUUGCUUUCUACAGGUUUUUUUUUUUGGUUUAUGGGCUGUUGGAAUUGUAAUUUUUAAUUGCCUUCAAAAAAUGGAGAUUUAAAGUGGUGUCUGGUCUCGGAAAACAAGUUAGAUAUCUCAGUUGUUCUUGAGUCAACUGGCUUACAGACUUUGCUCACACACACACACAAAUUUCUUAUUAGAGUUUCAACUUCCUAACUUGAUUCAACUGAUUAUGCUUACUUAACACCCAAGAUUCAUACUACUGUACUACAGAUUUGUUUUCACAGCAAUAAAUCUUCUGUUUUUGUUUAUGAUUCCACUCAACAAAAGGCCUGCAGAAGUGAUUUAUAAUUUGGGUAUUUGGAGAUGAUACGUUUGAUGUGAUGGUUUUUGGAAAAAUUUUUUCACUCCAUAUUUGGAUGUGCUUCAUUGUCAAGUGCAUAUUUAGAUUAGGUUCUUGAAUUGUAAUGUUGAUCUGCUGCUUUUUUUUUUUUUUUUAAUAAAAUCCGACUAAAAAUGUUUAAUUGGCAUUUUUUAAUGAUUUAACCAAAGAAGUGCAGCUAUUAUUCCAUAUUAUUAGGCCUGCAUUUCUUCCCUAAAUUCCACUUAGGGUAAAUCGGUUUUCUUGUUCCAGUUUCAAAUACAAGAUAACCUGAGGAUCAAUUAAAAGCUGAGUAUCAAUUAAAUUAGUGUUUUAAUCUCAUGGAAAGAAAAUCUAAUUGUAACAUUUUUCCUGGUAUGUGAGGCAAUCCAUUGGCAAAAAUUACAUGUAUUUUCCUUCCUAUUUGUAAGAUUAUAUUUAAUGAUAUUCUUUUCUUUAUGAGACUCUGGCUGCAGGCAGUGCUGUUUCUUGUGCCUAAGACUGCUUCUGAAAGUUGCAUCACUAAUGAUACUUGCCGAGUUGAGUGUGCAGAAAGUUUCUCAUACCAUGUUCAAGUUAAUACCAAGCACAUGUGGCCGCUGUAGAGUGAAGCUGUAGUACAGAAUGCGUAAAUUCUGUCCCCAGGAAAUCUGAGAUAAAGCAAGUGCUGGCUGGGGUUUUUCCCCUACUCCAUGAGCUGUGUUCAUUCUCUCUUUGGUAGGCCUUAUGCUUGAAUAAAUCGGAUGUCUAAUCAGUAAAUUAUUUUCAUGCUCAGAAUUUCAGGAUUUUGUACCUAGUGUAGGUUGGUUUUAUUUCUUACUGUAAGAAAACUUACCAACAAUGUGAUUUAAGGUUGUGUUGUGUUUUUUUUAAGAGGGGGAUGUGAGUGAUUUCAUUCAUGGGUACUUUUAGAACCUGAUAGAUAAUCCCAUUGUCUUUAUUUUUCUAAUUAAAGAAUUCCUAAAUACUUUGAAAAAUAUAAAAUAUUCCUGAAUA